AUGGUUCCUCUGCCACCAAAAUGUGCGAAAGGGCACGUCCGAAACAGCCUGGCCUGGGAGUCGGAGCAGCUCCAGCCACCACCUCGGUUCUGGGCCCAGCGGGCUCUGACUACAGCUACGGCCCCUUGUUCCCAGCCCUCAGAGUGUGAGCAGUGCACCUGUGACCUGGACGGCAUCGCUCGCUGCCUGGUGGCCGACUGUGCCCCCCCGCCCUGCGUCAACACCGUCUACGAGACGGGCCACUGCUGCCCCACGUGCCAGGACGGUCCCAACUGCUAUGUGGACAGGAGCCGGACACGUGUCAUCCCCGCCGGAGAGGCUGUCUGGGUGGAGCCCUGCACCCAGUGCCGCUGCCACGAUGGCCAGGACGUAGGCUACUGGGAAGGCAACCGGGUGGCUAAGUGUGAACGGCUCCGUAACUGCCACCCGCUGGACCGGCAGAACUCCUGAGCAACGCCCCCUCCAGCUGGGCCACGGAGCC